AUGUCGAACCACACCAUCUCCACCUUGCAACGCAUCUCACGCGAGAAGCUCGCGGAUCUCGUGCGGUCCAAGAACACUGGCCUUGCCAUCAUCGACGUCCGCGACAACGACUUCAUCGGUGGCCACAUCAUCGGCUGCCAAAACGUCCCCACCAACACUCACGACUACAAGAUGCCCGAGCUCGUCCGAACACUCAAGGACAAGGAUACAGUCGUGUUUCAUUGUGUCUUGUCGCAGCAGAGAGGACCAGCCAGCGCGUUGAAGUAUCUGAGGGAGAGGGAGAGGUUGGGUGCCGCGGAUGAUCAGAAGGUCUAUGUGCUUGACGGAGGAUUUCAGAAAUGGCAGGAGAAGUAUGGCGAGGACAAGGAGUUGACGGAGGCUUACCACAAAGAUCUCUGGGAGGAUUACUGA